GCGGGGGCAGCAUGGCAGCCUCCUUACGGCUCCGUGGAGCCGCCUCCGGCCUCCGGUACUGGAGCCACCGGCAGCAACCGGCAGUGGUCAGCCUUGCAGCGCUGUGUUCUAGGUCAAUGGCUUCUAAGACUCCAGUUGGAUUCACUGGAGUAGGCAACAUGGGGAAUCCAAUGGCAAAAAAUCUCAUGAAACAUGGCUAUCCACUCAUUAUUUAUGAUGUGUUCCCUGAUGCAUGCAAGGAGUUUCUAGAUGCAGGUGAACAGGUAGUGUCUUCCCCAGCAGAUGUAGCUGAAAAAGCUGACAGAAUUAUUACAAUGUUGCCCACCAGCAUCAAUGCAAUAGAAGCUUAUUCUGGAGCAAAUGGAAUUCUAAAAAAAGUGAAGAAAGGCUCACUAUUAAUAGGUUCCAGUACUACUGAUCCUAUGGUUUCGAAAGAAUUGGCCAAAGAAGCUGAGAAAAUGGGAGCCGUUCUCACGGAUGCCCCUGUUUCUGGUGGUGUGGGAGCUGCUCGGUCUGGGAACCUCACGUUUAUGGUGGGAGGAGUCGAAGAAGAAUUUGCUGCUGCCCCAGAGCUUCUGGGGUGCAUGGGCUCCAAUGUGGUGCCUUGUGGAGCCGUCGGGACCGGGCAGGCUGCGAAGAUCUGCAACAACUUGCCGUUAGCUCUGAGUAUGACCAGAACUGCUGAAGCUAUGAAUCUGGGAAUCAGGUUACGGCUUGACCCAAAACUCCUGGCUAAAAUCCUAAAUAUGAGCUCAGGACGAUGCUGGUCAAGUGACACCUAUAAUCCUGUACCUGGGGUGAUGGAUGGAGUUCCCUCAGCUAGUAACUAUCAGGGUGGAUUUGGAACAACACUCAUGGCUAAGGAUCUGGGAUUAGCACAAGACUCUGCUACCAGCACGAAGAGCCCAAUCCUUCUGGGCAGUCAGGCCCAUCAGAUCUACAGGAUGAUGUGUGCGAAGGGCUACUCCAAAAAAGACUUCUCAUCCGUGUUCCAGUUUCUACGAGAGGAGGAGACGUUCUGAGUUUGCCCUUUGGCUGUGGACACUGUUGGGAACCAAACUCUAUCUUGGAGCCUCUUAUAGCUCACUCCACAAGUAAAUGGGCUCAAUCAAAGGUCACCUGUCUGCUUUUGUUUGUCUAGUUCACAAUAAA